UGUUUUAUUUUUUGUUUAGAAAUUUAUGUAUUAUUUUCAUUCCUGGUUUUUUUUUCAUAUUUCAUAUUUCAAAUACGUACAAAAUUUGCUAUAAUUUAUAGACUUGACAGAACUUUGUGCUUAGCAAAAGUUUCUCAAUUUAUUUAGUUAGCAUUUGAAAACUUCUUGAUUAGUAAGAUAAGCAUUAAAUACAUUGUCUCGUAUGUGUUGCUCAAUAAUAUACUGCAAGAAAAUCAGAUAAGUCAGGUGCAUUUUUGUAGUUUAUGUUUUGUAUUAAACGUUGCUCGACUUUGAAUUUGACUUUAAUGAUUAACUAUUAAGCUUUAAAUGUGGUUGACUGAGUAAACCCCAAUGAAAUAAAGUGCAUGAAAUUACCAGUCAAACGAAUCUAUUAUUAUGAUACCUUGUCCUUUAUUUUGAAGUAUGCGUGAAUGGUAUAUUAAAAUACUGAGUGCCCUUUCACCAGUAAAAAUAUUUGCGGAGUCAAUCUAACAUCUGGUAUCUCAAUAUGAUUCGGUAAGUCUUAAAGAUUGAUUAUUUCAUAUUGUUCAACUUGGUCCAGAACAAGCAUAAAUGCAAUUCUAAGUUUUAUUCAGCAAGUGACAUUAAGUGGAAUGUUCUAGGGUAUUAGCCAGUUGAGUAUACCUAGGCCUCCACCAAGACAAGUUGUCACCAGGCAUCGACCAAACAGCGCUAGUCGCCGGCACGAUAAGCUGGUCUAGUCGGGGCUUGGCAACAGCAAUCAUAUGAUAUUCAUAAACAUAUCCUCAGCAGAAGGUGUAGGCAGGGUAUCUGGUAUAUGAUAGGCCCUUUUCUGCAUUAAUGGGUUCUUGUCUCGUGCUCUGAGCGUUCAAUAGCACGAAAUGGAAAAUUUUACCGUCUUAAGCACAUAAAUCUAAUCUAAAAAUAAUAAUCCACGCAAUCGAGUUGCGAAAAUUCGUAUCGAAUUCAGCCAGAGAUGUAUGAUCCGGAGGCAGAGUCGGAUGACGAUUGCGAAGUUUACUUCCUGAAGCCUGUGAACGAGUAUAACAUUGUAGACAAGAUUAAGGAGGCCAAUAAACAGCUGUUUGCGCUGUACGAAGAUGAUGAUAGUAUCGGUCAGCUAAGUGGCAGCAUUGCCACCAACCGUAAGGUAACCUUUGCACUCAAUCUAGAAAAUUACGAGCCCGUACAUCAGCAGUCAACCCAGGAAGGACAGUAUAGUCCGUCCUCUGAGAUGUUGCAGAAGUUGGCGGAGCUGAAGCUUCAAACCGAACGCGAGCGAUUUGCACCGAUCGAGGAGGAGCCUACAAAUGAACUAACGAAGAUGGAUAUGGAGCAGAAUGCAGCAAAGCCAGAUUUGGAGGAGGAAAUAUGCGAGGAAAUUUUAGAUCUUACAGAAGUAGAAAACAGCAACAGUCAAAGCAAACAAUCUGCACCAGCCGCUCUGCCUGCCAGCAUGGACUACGGGGACGAUGACUUCUCUGACGUGGAUGAGGAUGAUCUGACGGCUGCUACAGAGACUCUUGCCAGAGACACACAAAAACUCCGUGUAACACGUCAGAACACAUUCGAUUUGAAUAAUGAGCAUAUGGAAGAGGAGUCGGACCAGAGGAGUUUAACCAAUUUGCUAACUGAGUCCGAUUGCGAGGAAGAUGAGCGCGUUGUGAACGAGGCGCGCAUCAAGCUGCGACAAGCAUACAAAAGUUUGUAUAAAACAUUAGAUGUUCGAGGGCAGGAGCAGAUUAGUCGUCUAACUGGAACCGACAAUGUGAAUGAGGAUGUAGAAGAGGAUGACCUCUCCGUUAUUGUGGCCAGUUAUAUACCCGAAGAUUUUGAGCUGGACGAACACAGCGUAUAUUACAAAAAAGAAGACGGCGCAGAGCAAAACCUGAGCACCAGUACCAACACCAAGACAUUCUUUAAUGCCCGCCGCUUUAGUUUUCGCCGUCGCUCCAGAGCCACACCGAUAGCAGCAUCUACAGUUGCAAACGUGCCGGAUCUUAAGAUGAACUAUAAGCUCUGUUGUGAGCACCGUCAUGCACUGCAGAAAGAGAAGUUACCUCAUUACACAGGCUAUAUGUCCGAGUAUGGGCUGAGUGCAAGGCAGCUGCAGCAACGUGAGCAACAGCUGCGACGCAAGCAACGCAAUGCCAUAGAACAGACGCUGAAUCGAAACGAACAUGAGCUUAAGAAAAUGCAAGAUAAUGAACGCGCCUUCACAACAUGGCUCAAGAACAAAAUGCGCUAUCCCAUCAACAAGACACGAAACAUGUUCGAUGCAACUCGCAGACGAGGAACUGUAGCAGCUGUGACCAGUCCAAAUGCUCACCCGAAACGAGAGCCGGAGCAGGAGUUGCGCUCGAGUCGCAGACGUGACAGCCAUGAGGUGCAUGCUUAUCGUCAUCUUUUGGGAAGCUGGAACAAAUAACACUACGAUAACUACAUAGACAAAUCUAUAUACGUAUUAUAAUUAUUUAAUUUGUAUUACAAUUUUUAUAAAUGAUGCAAUAGACGCA